AACCGAUGCAUGCAAGGACCAGUCGAGCACGUACGAAAGUGACAAUGGAGGACGCUGGUGGUAGUACUGCACGAAGGCAGCCUUCACUCUCCGUCAACGCCUCAAGAGCGCCGUCCGGCGACUGGCCGCCGGCGGAUGAGGGGCCGGUGAGCCCUACAGGGAGGCUCAUGGACGGCUUCUACAUCGUCGUCAGCAUGGGGCUUGGGGUGCCCCUAAACUUCCCCGUCCUCCGCGCCGGCAUCGAGACCCAGCUCGCGCGACACCCGCGGUUCCACAGCAUCCAGGUGACCAAAGAUGGCAAGCCACCACGGUGGGUGCACGCGUCGGCGUUGAACUUGGAUGACCACAUCACCACCCCACUGCUGGACGGCGCCGCCGUGGCGUCCGACCCUGAUAAGGCCGUGGAGGACUACGUGGCCUCGCUGUCCACGGCGCCCAUGGACCGCUCCCGGCCGCUCUGGGAGCUCCACUUCCUCAACUACCCGACCACCGAGGCGGCGUCCACCGUGGUGAUCCGUGUGCAUCACUCCCUCGGCGACGGCAUGUCGCUGCUCACCCUCCUCAUGGCGUCCACGCGCAGCGCCGCCGACCCGUCGAGGCUCCCGGCCAUGCCGGCGCAGCCCGCUCGCUCCGGAUCCAUCUACGCGCGACCGCGGCCCCCGUGGUCCGCAGGCACUCUGGCGUUCAUCACGUGGGCUUGGUGGUACGUCGUGCUCGCGUGGCACACCGUGGUGGACGUGGCGCUCUUCGUCGCCACAAUCAUGUUCGUCAGGGACCCACAGACACUGUUCAAGCCUGCCGACGGCGGGGGCGGCGAGCUCCCCCGCCGCAAGCGCUUCGUGCACCGGAGCCUUAGCCUCGACGACGUCAAGUUCCUGAAACAUGCCAUGAACUGCACUGUGAACGAUGUGAUAGUUGGAGUGACUUCCGCUGCUCUGUCGCGAUACUAUUUCCGAAAAUCUGGUGACACUAAUACCAAAAUUAUAUGUUUGCGAUCGAUCCUCCUUGUGAACAUGAGGCCAACCAGUGGCCUACAGGAAUAUGUCAAUAUGAUGGAGUCUGGUAAGAGUAACGAUAUGACACGGAGAAAUCAACUUGGCUACAUAAUCCUACCAUUUCAGAUUGCUGUGCACAAAGAUCCACUUGAAUAUAUUCGCAAGGCCAAAAAGAUUGUUGAUAGGAAGAAAAGCUCACUGGAAGUGAUGUUCACGCAUAUGCUUGCCGAAGUUAUAAUCAAAACUCUUGGUGUGAAGGCAGCAGGUGUUAUUUUCCACCGUAUGAUAUCACACACGACCAUAUCAUUUUCGAACAUGAUUGGGCCAGCAGAGCAGGUAGAGUUCUAUGGGCACCCAGUUGUCUCCAUUGCACCUAGCGUCUACGGCCCGCCAGAAGCUCUGACGGUGCACUACCAGAGUUAUAGUAACACCAUCAAGGUAAUUCUAGCUGUUGAUGAGGCACACUUUCCAGAUCAUGGUCAACUUUUGGAUGACUUCACCGAGUCCCUUAGGAUCAUCAAGGAUGAGGCUUCAAGAUUGUAAUGACAAUCGAGGAUGUAAGGGAAAUUAAUUGGAUCGAUCAGUGAACUACUUGAAGUCCUACACAUGUGUACUGAAUAAACACUAUAUAGGAGAAUUUUGCUGGUGUCCAUUAGAACAAAAAAUUUGUAUCAAGAACCAACAACAUGUUUGUAAGGCGAACAUGAAGAACAGAGGACAAUUUUUGCUU